GUUGAGGCGCUCUUUUUUUUCCCUUUUGCAUUGUUGUGGCAUGCAUGUAGGUUACACGGUGACGUUAAUGUUGUAGAUCUGACAGGCUGUUCAGAAAGCACACGUACUGCUCCGAGAGGGUUUUUGAGAACACACAAGUGGGCGCUUGGAAAAAUGUGACGGUCUGUGGGGAUGUGGAAACAGAGACGCUCAGCUUUGUGGGAGAGUUUAGUAAAGCCCCAGAGAGAGGGAGAGAAAAAAAGAGAGAUAGAGAAGGAAAUGUAGAAAGGAGAGGGGAGUGUCUGCUCAGAGAGUUUCCUGUCAACAUACAGAGCUGAUAUAGAGAGGGAAGAGAGGAGGAAAGAAAGCUGGCAACAUCACAAGGUCCAACAGGUGAAACUGAAGUGCAUCAUUUACAUCAAGUUGAAACCACACCAUCAGCAUGGGAAAGCAGAACAGCAAGCUCCGUCCCGAGGUGAUACAGGACCUGUUGGAAAACACAGACUUCACUGAGCAUGAGAUCCAGGAGUGGUACAAGGGCUUCCUGCGGGACUGUCCCAGCGGCGCGCUCAACAUGGAGGAAUUCAAGAAGAUCUACGGCAACUUCUUCCCCUAUGGAGACGCGUCAAAGUUUGCGGAGCACGUCUUCCGAACCUUCGAUGCCAAUGGAGACGGAACAAUAGAUUUCAGAGAGUUCAUCAUCGCCCUGAGCGUCACGUCACGCGGCCGUUUGGAUCAGAAGCUGAAGUGGGCCUUCAGUAUGUACGACCUGGAUGGCAACGGAUACAUAAGCAAGGCAGAAAUGCUGGAGAUUGUACAGGCCAUCUAUAAGAUGGUUUCUUCAGUGAUGAAGAUGCCAGAGGACGAGUCCACACCUGAGAAACGCACGGAUAAGAUCUUCCGCCAGAUGGACACAAAUCGUGAUGGUAAGCUGUCGCUUGAAGAGUUUGUAGAGGGUGCAAAGAGUGACCCAUCCAUCGUGCGACUGUUGCAGUGCGACCCCAGCAGUGCGGGACAGUGAAUCCGCAGUCAUAACCUCUCUUCCGCAAGUCUUUCUGUGUUCGCUCUCCUUCGAAUAUCAGCAGAGCAUGGACUCCAAAACCACACCCCUAUCUCAGUGUCUGUGGGUUUCCCGCUGAACACCACGCAUGAGAACAUUAUUUCCCCACAGGCACAGGUCAGGCAAUGGUGAGAACCAGACAUACAGAGAUCCUACACAAGAAGCUUGUGUUCGUGUGUCUCUCUGUAUUUUGAAUUCCUCAUAUAAGGCUUUUUGCAAUUGAACACAACAGGCAGUGAUGCAAGUGACAACACAUCCUGUUGUAAGCUUUUGGUACUGAAAUAAACACCUUCGAAAAGAGCUUUAAAUAAUAACAGUGCAAUAACAAAAUGCACCAGAUGAAACUUUCUAAAUAGUACAAUAUAGUUAAUUAGAAUUUAAUAAAUUAAAUCAAUGACAAAUGUCAUUCCUUGUGUUCCUAGUAUUUCAGUUCCAUUCAGCACAAACAUCUAUUUAAAAGAGAGUCACUUGGGCGACAUAGUUUUUUUUACUUGAAUUUUUUUUUUUUUUCAACAUUUAUUGCAUUAUGAUGCCAGAGCCUGUGAUAGAUUCUUAAAAGGGCGGUUGGGGUCGAGUUUUAUCGUGAUGGUGCUCCUUUAAUGUGCAUCAGGACAAAUAAAAAAUAAUUUUUUAAACGUUAAUACUCACUGCAUAGGACUGACAAUAACCAAAUAGUUGUAAAAUAUCAUAAAACAAAGAAAUAUUUUCAUAGGGACAACAAUAAUUUUGAUCUUGCUGCUUCAAAAGAGAAGAAAAAUGAAAAAGUAUUAGACAAAAAAAAAUGUAGAUAUAAUUUAUGGUGAAAACUUAUCACACCACAAAAAAAGCUUUUCUUUGUGAAACUGCUGUUAUUAUUAAAAUAUGACAUUUUCUUUUGUUUCAAAUAAUCAUUUGUACAGUAAAAGCAUAUGUAUGUAGGACUGUGACAAUGAACAGCGAAGACCACAUGUUACUAUGCACAUGCACGACGGACCAUGAACCCCUGCAGCAUUUACUGCCAGACACCAGCCAACACAUUCACUUCAUCCUUUCCAGACACUUUCUGCUCUAUCCAGACCUCGAUUCAGUCAAUCUUCUGCCCACACCAUCAGCUGUGAACAAAUACUACAGGUUAGCACGAGUGACUAGUUUAAGUACGAUUCAUAUUUGACUGAAUCUUGGCCUUAGUAUUCGGUUAAGGUCUUUAUUUUUAUAUCCGGCUCAAAUCAUUUUGCACGCUGCACCUCAAACUGAAUGUAUUCUCUGCAUCGACUGGGACACUCUGUACAUUUUUGGAUGAAUAUGUGUGUAUGUGGUGUGUAUGUGAUGCUUUUUGAGUACUCGUGUGUUUAUUCAGUGUUUGUCUAUGCAUACUGUACGUUUCGGUCAGCACUUGUGAGUGUGCAGUGGAGUGUAAAAUAUUAAUGUGUAAGGAUAUUUCUACACAACCUCAGGGUUUAAAUGCAAGGGACUGUGUAAAUGGAUGGCGCAUGCUUUUUAUCUAUAGUCUAUUUAUAAAUGCACAAACACUCGCUCACAUGCAAACCACAUCACAUCUGAGGCCACAUGCAAGAUGGAUAGCCAUCGGAAACUCUCUGCAAUUUCAUUUUCUGUGAAGUCAAGGUUGUAAUGAUCAAACUUUCCUCAGCCACAUGCUGAUCAGAUUAGCUCAUGAAGGAGCCUGAAUUCAAAGCUGAUCUUUUAUGUUUGUAGAUCCUCCUUCAUAAAAACAAUUUAGCAUCUGGCAUUUCAUUUCAAACCACAGAAGACAGCAACAUGUGGUCAAGUGCCAAACACAGAUUAAUAUAUAUGGCAAAACAAACAGUGUUCUAUCAGUGUUUGCUGUACAACUGUUAUCUGUCAAACUAAAUGUUUGUCAUCAUCAUUUUGUAGGUUUUAUAUGGUAACCUGUACAUUGUGUGAGUGUAGAUAUUAUAAACGCAGGCAUCUGUUUUGGUUAUAUCAUAAAUAAAAAUCUUAAGAAAGAAAAA